CCCAGUCCUAGUCCCAAUUCCACACUCUCAGUCCAAACGACACCGUUUUAAGCAAUGCUCCCAAAUUAGGGUUUCCAAUUUCUCACAAACAAGCUCAAAGACCGAGGCUUUACAAUGCAGGGCUCGUCGCCGGCUCAGCCGGAGGCCAUACUGGAGUGGCUUCACAAGGAAAUGGGGUACAGACCCCUGGGCAGCUACGGCGGCUCCGCCUCCGGGAAGUCGCAGCUGCCGUCGAUCGACGCCGUGAGGAAGAUUUGCAGAGGGAACAUGAUCCCCGUUUGGAGCUUCUUGAUCACGCGCGUGAAGUCGGAGAGUACGGUGAAGAAUAUACGGCGGAAUAUUACGGUGCACGGCGACAGCGGCGGCGCGGCGGUGAAGAAGGAGGAGGGGAGGAGUAGAGGGAGGAGGAAGGAGAAGGUUGGGGAGAGUUCGAGUGCGGCGGAGGUCAGGGAGGCGGCGCUGCAGGAGAGGGAGGCGGCGGAGAAGGAGGUGGAGAAGCUGAGGAAUAUUGUGAAGAGGCAGAGGAAGGAUUUGAAGGCUAGGAUGUUGGAGGUUUCGAGGGCCGAGGCUGAAAGGAAGAGGAUGCUUGAUGAGAGAUCAAAGAAGAGGCAUAAGCAGGUGAUGUUGGACGCGUACUAUCUACAGUGUGAGGAAGCGGAAAAGAUAUUUGCAGAGUAUCAUAAACGUCUAUGUUAUUAUGUUAAUCAAGCCAGGGAUUCUCAAAGGUUAAGUGUGGAUUCGUCUCUAGAAUCGGUUAAUAGCUUUAGUUCCAACAGUGAAAAGGAGGCUGUUUAUUCAACACUUAGGGGCAGUAAAGCUGCAGAUGAUGUGCUUCUUAUUGAAACCACUCGGGAAAGAAACAUAAGGAAGGCCUGUGAAUCUCUUGCAGCACAUAUGAUUGAAAAGAUUCGCAAUUCCUUUCCUGCAUAUGAAGGAAGUGGUAUUCAUUCAAGUCCUCAGUUAGAAGCAGCCAAGUUAGGAUUCGAAUUUGAUGCGCAAUUACCUGAGGAGGUCAGAGAUGCAAUUCUGAAUGGUCUGAAGAGUCCUCCUCAGUUGCUUCAGGCAAUUACGUCAUACACAUCACGACUGAAAUCUGUAAUUUCCAGAGAAAUAGAGAAAAUUGAUGUAAGAGCUGAUGCAGAAACUUUAAGGUACAAGUAUGAAAACAACCGAGUUAUAGAUGUUUCUUCUCCUGACGUGAGUUCACCUUUACACUAUCAACUUUAUGGUAAUGGAAAGAUGGGAAUUGAUGCACCAUCUAGGGGAACACAGCUUCUUGAAAGACAGAAAGCUCAUGUUCAGCAAUUUUUGGCUACUGAAGAUGCACUGAACAAAGCUGCAGAAGCUAGGAGUCUAUGUCAGAAUCUUAUAAAGCGUUUGCAUGGAAAUAGUGAUGGAGUGUCUUCAGGCAUAUCACAAAAUGUGGGCAGUCUUAGGCAACUUGAGUUGGAGGUUUGGGCCAAGGAAAGAGAAGUUGCCGGCUUGAGGGCAAGCUUGAAUACGCUAAUGUCUGAAAUACAGCGCCUGAAUAAAUUAUGUGCAGAAAGAAAAGAAGCUGAAGAUUCAUUGAAAAAGAAGUGGAAAAAGAUUGAAGAAUUUGAUUCCCGCAGAUCUGAACUGGAAACCAUAUAUACUGCUCUAUUAAAAGUUAACAUGGAUGCUGCCGCCUUCUGGAAUCAGCAACCAUUAGCUGCAAGGGAAUAUGCAUCAAGCACUAUUAUUCCAGCAUGCACAAUAGUUAUGGAUCUUUCAAAUAAUGCAAAAGAUCUUAUUGAAAAAGAAGUAUCUGCUUUUGAUCAAAGUCCUGAUAAUAGUCUCUACAUGCUUCCAGCAACUCCACAGGCACUAUUGGAGUCAAUGGGUGCACACGGCUCUACUGGACCUGAAGCUGUUGCUGCUGCAGAGAAGAAUGCAGCUAUAUUAACUGCAAAAGCAGGUGCUAGGGAUCCAUCAGCAAUACCUUCUAUAUGUCGUGUGUCAGCCGCCCUACAGUAUCCUGGUGGUCUGGAGGGUUCAGAUGCUGCUUUAGCCUCGGUGCUAGAGUCGCUGGAGUUCUGUUUAAAACUUCGUGGUUCUGAGGCUAGCGUGUUGGAGGACUUAGCGAAGGCAAUCAAUUUGGUCCAUACACGACAGGACCUUGUUGAAAGUGGUCAUGUGUUGUUGAACCAUGCCUAUAGAGCUCAACAAGAAUAUGAUAGGAAAACGAGUUUCUGUUUGAAUUUGGCUGCUGAGCAAGAGAGAACUGUCACAGAGAAAUGGUUGCCAGAACUGAAGACUGCAAUUCUGAAUGCUCAGAAGUGCUUGGAAGACUGCAAUUAUGUUAGGGGAUUGCUUGAUGAAUGGUGGGAGCAACCAGCUGCAACAGUUGUUGACUGGGUCCUAGUUGAUGGAUUGAAUGUUGCUGCUUGGCACAAUCAUGUGAAGCAGCUCCUUGCGUUUUACGAUCAGGAGCACAUGUGAAUACUUUGAACACUGAAUGAAGCAAGACGUGUUUUGGACCUCCUCCCCCGUCUUCCUUUCUCAAUUCUGCCACUCAGUGACUACAAAGAACCAUGUAAACUGUAGCCCUGUCUGAAAGUAACAUCUAUACUGUACAGUUAGGAGUGCAACAGAGCCAUUCAUUGAGAUCACCACAGCCAUACAUUGGAUUUGGGGAAGAGGAGGGUAGCCCCGGCGGGAAGAACACGUCCGGGUCUUCGUUGCUCUGUAGUUUGUAUCAUAACUUUGUAGAUUGAUUUCUAGUGGGUAUUCUCAUGAGGCUUGAUUGAUGCCAGAAGAUGGAAAGUGUUAUUAUACUGGUAUCA